GUCUUUUCCACUCCUCUUUUCUACGUCGAAGAAAAGAGAGAGACUCCUUUUCUCUUUCUGACUCCCACUUUCACGUGUCUUUAACCUAUUUCCCUUUUCUUUUACUUGAUUGACGUUCCAGGGUGUUGAAUUUUUUUUGUACUGUUAGUUUCAUUUUCACGGAACUUUUGUUUUAUUGUUAAUAAUGGAAAUUGUUGCUGACAAAUCAGAACGCGUUAACUGUCCUUUUGAUCCUGUUCACGUCAUCGAGAGACGAAGACUUCAGGCACAUAUAAUCAAAUGCAAACGUAAUCUUCCGGCAAAUCAUGACUUUGUUCAGUGCCAAUUUUGGACCUUGCAUUACGUCAGGAAGGGUGAACUUGAAUCUCACUAUGCCACAUGUGAGCAUGCUUUAAUGAAACUUGCAACAAAGAGAGUGGCUGCUGCUGAACCAUCUAGAUUCAGGGAACCUAAAUUGAUUUACAAUGACACUAGUGCAUCACAUUCAUCUUUUACUGAUGAGUCGUGGGAUAUUCCAUCUGAUCAACCCACUUUUAAGCCAGAAAUGUUAAGAGCGCAAGCUGCACACAUGACCAUUCCUCAUGGUUUAACAAAAUCAAAGCGCCGAGAAUGUAGAGAACAGGAGCGUAAACGAUUGCGAGAGAUGGAGCAAACUGAAAAGCUUGUGAAACUUGAAAAAAGUUGGCCUUCUGAAGCUUCAUCAAGCAAUCCAGAACAGACUGCUUAUCAAAGGAAACCUGCAGAAACACCAUCGAAUCGGCCUGCAAAUUUGUCAUUUAUAUCGUCUACUGGAUCAACGAGCUAUACUGAAAGUUCACCUGGAUCAUCCACACCAUCCAGUGAAACUUAUAACGGCCCUCCCCAUUUCAGACCUAUUCAUUAUAGCAUGCCCCCUCCACACGGAAUACCUCCUCCUCAUGGAAUACCGCCUCCUCAUUCACAGAUGCCCGGCAGAGGAAGGGGAUAUUUGCUUUCCGAGUCGGCUUGGAGUGAUGACGCCAGGCCAUCCUAUCACCCGUACCCAUAUAAUGGCAUACCCUACCGUUAUUCCCCCAACGAUUUUCCCGGCUUGUGAAUUUAUUAGGCUUUAUAUGAAGCGGUACUAUUGUACCAAGUUUUAGGGGCUUUUCAUGUCUUUUUGACAUACUGUAUUACUUCUUUUAACACUUUUUACUCUUUACUCACUUCCACCUAAUUCUAGCAUAGUGACUAUUUGACUUCAUUUUAAUUGACUUUGGAGUUUUCAUUAGAUUCAUCAUUUGACCACUUUCUAUGUAAUUGGUAUUAUUCGCACGGUAAAGCUCAUAUUUCAGAGUAAAGUUUCAAAGCGGGCUUUUUGCUCGCACUGGAGUUGGUUGGUAUGGUGUCACAGUUCAUUCCCCUUUGUACAAUUAUGGUCAGUACAUUUCCAUCUUCACUUAAA